AUAGAACUCGCGGACCUUUAACAAAGCAGGAAGUGGCUCCUGCUGAAAGUGACAGUUAGCAAUCAUGGCGCUUGAAGCUAAAUCCAGAAACAAACGAUACGAGAAACUGGAUUUCCUCGGAGAGGGACAGUUCGCCACAGUGUACAAAGCCAGGGACAAAACAAAUGACUCCAUAGUUGCCAUUAAAAAGAUUAAGGUUGGCCACAGAACUGAGGCUAAAGAUGGUAUUAAUAGGACUGCUCUUCGAGAGAUCAAACUGCUGCAAGAACUGCAUCAUCCAAAUAUCAUUGGGCUGCUUGAUGCCUUCGGACACAAAUCUAACAUCAGUUUGGUGUUUGAUUUCAUGGAAACAGAUCUGGAGGUGAUCAUCAAAGACACCAGCCUAGUCUUGACUCCUGCCAACAUCAAAGCCUACAUCCUCAUGACUCUGCAGGGCUUAGAGUAUAUGCACCACCACUGGGUCUUACACAGGGAUCUGAAGCCCAACAAUCUUCUGCUAGAUGGCAGUGGCGUGUUGAAGUUGGCUGAUUUUGGUUUGGCCAAAGCGUUCGGCAGCCCCAACAGAGUCUACACACAUCAAGUCGUCACCAGGUGGUACCGCUCCCCUGAGCUUCUGUUUGGUGCGAGGAUGUACGGUGUGGGCGUUGACAUGUGGGCAGUGGGAUGCAUCUUGGCAGAGUUGCUGCUUCGGAUACCCUUCCUGGCUGGAGACUCAGAUCUUGACCAGCUGACUAAAAUCUUUGAGGCUCUUGGGACUGCUACAGAGGAUAACUGGCCUGGCGUGAGUAGUCUACCAGACUAUGUGUCCUUCAAAAUAUUUCCUGGCACACCUCUGGAACAUAUAUUCAGUGCAGCUGGAGAUGACUUAUUAGAGCUGCUACAGGGCUUGUUCACCUUCAACACCUCCACGAGGACCACAGCUACACAGGCUCUGAAGAUGAAGUACUUCAGUAAUCGACCCGCACCGACACCCGGACCCCAGCUACCCCGACCCAACUGUUCAGCUGAGGCUCUGAAGGAGAAAGACACAGUCGGUCUCAAGAGGAAAAUCGAGGGCCUGGAGACGACUGUGAUGAAGAAGAAGCUCAUUUUCUGACCUGGUUUAUCAGAGGAUCACCUUCUUCACACCCUUGCGUGGUUCACCUUUCCCGCAUUGCUCAGGAUUAUCCACUGGAAUGGAAAACAAGUCCAAAACCAGCGGAGGGAAAAAGGUCAAAUGUGUUGACUUUGGGACAUUUUAGAGGAUGUAGCUGUUGAAUCAGUCAAGACUUGUGCCUAAGAUUUGCUCUACGUUUCCGAGGUGUGCUGUGCUUGCCAUCCCACCGACUGAUGUACAACAGAGGUCAAUAGUCUCAGCUCCGGUGGUCUUUCUUCAUUGUAACAAUGAUGCCUAAGCUCUGGGAGCCUUUUGUAAUAUGUACAUUUAUGUGACUGAAAAUAUAACAACCAAACAAGUA